ACUCAGUAAAUUGCAAUUCCCUUUCGACGUCAAAACAGAGGAAGCAUAUAAUUCAUUCAGGGCCAGUUCUGAUAAGAAAUUCUGUCCGCUCUUGGGGGUGAUGAAGGAAGAAAUGUAUGUUACAUGUUUUUUUUUCCAUAUCUGCCCAUGCGGCCGUAGUAACGUACUUUGCAUUUUUUGUAAUCAGCCCUUCUUCGUACCGUCCAACAACGACGAAACAUUUACUGUUAUUUUGAUCAAGUGCGAGUACCCGGAAUGCAUCUCUGUUUACGGCCGUCACCUUCGAAAUGCAUCCCGCGCAAUCUGCCGAGAAUGCAAUCAGGGGCGAUAGCAUGAUCGAGCUGCUACAAGUCUGAUUCAGUUGACCCAGUCCCGUGCCGAAGCGAGCAUCACUAAAUAUUGUUGCCUUUCUGUUUCUUUUAUCUGCCAUUCUGUUGGACUUGGGUGUGUCCGCACAUCACACCGAUGAAUGAUGUCCCGCCAUUCCUAUAACAACAAUCGGUUGCGCCUACAAGAAGGAUACGUGUGCCAGCCGAUAAACACGAUCGAAGACCUGUUGAAAUUCGAGCAGCAUCCCGUCAGCUGGCGGAAUCUAGUGCUACCGAUUACACCGCGAUCUAAGUCGCGAUAUCUUGGAGAGCGCUACCAGGAAAUUGAUUUCAAUGCAGGGAUCAUCGAUUUCGUUGAUGACCUCCAGAGGCCGCAGGUUUUGCUGUGCCACGAUUUUAAGGGAAACUAUCUGACGGAUCGGUUCAUCAACGGAACAACCGGUGAGGAAUGGGUGCACUACCGGUUCUAUAACUGGGCGGCGGUGGAUGUUUUUUGCUACUUUAGUCAUAACUUCGUUACCAUUCCGACUCUUCAAUGGUUGAAUUGUGCCCAUAAAAAUGGAGUUAAGGUAAUUGGGACGUUUAUCAUCGAAGGGGGAAAUGUUACGCUGCUGAAGGAGAUUCUACGAACGGAGGAAAUGCUCCAAAAGGUCGCAGAUGCGUUGGUGAUCGUUGCAAGGAUUUGUCAGUUUCAGGGCUGGCUACUGAACAUCGAAUGCACGUUGGCCGAGAACGAGAUUACUCCGCUGAAAGAUUUUGUCGCUUAUCUCACAAAGAAGUCGCACGAGCAGAUCCCGGGCAGCAUGAUCAUUUGGUAUGAUGCGAUAACAGAAAAGGGUUUGCUCAGUUGGCAGAACGAACUGAACAGUCAGAAUCAAGGAUUUUUUGCGGCUUGUGAUGGAAUUUUUCUUAACUACACUUGGUCCCAGCAUCACCUCGAGCGAUCGGAGAAUUUUAUACGGAACUAUUAUCCGGAGAGGAAGCUAGACGUUUACGUUGGGAUCGAUGUGUUCGGUCGAGGACAGAAAGCCAAGCUUGACACUCACGCUACGCUGGCGUCUAUCAUGGCUUUUAAGUUUUCCGUGGCGAUCUUCGCCCCUGGGUGGACGUUCGAAUCGUUGGAAGAAUCGAUGCAACGAGAUCAGCUUGACCAGGAUAGUAGUAAUCUUCGUUUUUUGAAGUUAAACGAUUGCUUCUGGAAUAUGCUGUGGCGGUAUUUUUUUGUACGUGGUCCUAGAGAACUGCCGUUCUAUACCUCGUUCUGUCUUGGUUCUGGAAAGAUACGGAACCGGCUGGGUAAACUACAGGCGCAAUCGUGGUUUAACCUAUCCCGACAGGGAUUCCAACCGAGCAUUCCUUACACACCGCCGAGGGAACACGAGCAGGAUCAGGUCGGACCGGUUUAUUGGACGCACAAUUUCGAAACGGCUCUGGAUGGAGGAUCCUGCGUCAAAAUGGAAGAAGUUCAUCCGAACAGCCGACUGUUUGCGUGUGAUUUUUCGUGCGGCUCAGAUUUGAUAGUGGCAUACGCGUUUCAGCGUAACAGUGCACUCAGCGCGGAUGUAAAUUUAUUGCUAAAGGCCUACAAUGCUCGGUAUCACGAUUCGCUGAAGAUCGUUUGCGGUGCGGAAGAUUGUCACAUCAGCGAGCGGAGCAAUGAAAUGAAGGCUAUCCCGCUGGACGCCGAAAACUGCCGGAUGCUGCUGGAGUUGAAGGCCAACGUGAAGCUACCGGUGACGGCCAGUAUCAACGGGUGGGAGAUAAGAUACUACUACCUCUCGUUCGAGGCCAUCCGGCAACCGAUGGCGAUCGUGGACAUAGGCAUCGAGAUUCGAAAAGAUGACCCGAAAGACUACGUUCUACUCGGAGCCAUUUCGCUGCAGGCUGGCUUUCCAGCGAGUCGCGAUCGCAUCACGAAACGAUCGUUUGUAGCAUUCGAUGUUUGAGCAUGAUCCUACUAUCGUAUCAUAAACAAGUAUAUUGCCGGCGAUCAUAGGUAAGAUGGAGUAUGCUUCGGUGCGAUGAAAUACAGGGGGGACCGGUUCUUGUGCACUGUCGCAAACAGUGCCAACCAACAAACAGAGGACGAGCAGGCGAUUCAGGAAGGCCAACUGGAAGCAACUCUCGAAGUGGUUUCAGGUUAGUGUCUGUCGUUUUUCUUCUUUUAUCGCAAUUAAAGUUCAAUCAUGAUGUUAUUAGCUGCAAUUUACACUAGUGCCUAGGAAAAAGCGAUCUUAUUUCUAUGAGUAUUGUUUUGUACAUGCCAUAUUAUUAAACUCGUAUCAAAUUUAAA